AUGUCAACAGACUUAAGCUGUAAAAUCAUUACAUUAUCGCAAGUAAAUUCAUUAAUCAAAUCGCCAGGUUUACCCAAAUCAGUAAUCUGGAAGGAAUUUGGUAAUUACUUAGAUAAAAAAGUCGAUAUCAUUAGAAACAUCGAUAGUGACCCUAAUCAAAAAGAGUGCUUUCUUGAAAGCUUAAAUCCUAACCAGUCGCGUUUAUCACAGCCUGUGAGCUAUAAGAUCUGCAAGUCUUGUCAGCGACCAAUCGGAAUAUCGAGUUUACGGCUGCAUUAUCGACGUUGUGUAGAAAUGAAGCACAAGAGACAACAAGAGCAAGCUGAAAUUGCUUUGCAAAACAACGGCAACAAUAACAAUAAUACUAACAGCAGUAGUACUGGGUCGGUAGUCAAUAAGAGGAAAAGAGGAAGAGGCGGAGCUUUGGGUGCAGACUUGGAUGCUUCAUCGUCAGUUGAUAGUUCGAGAAAUAACACACCGGUGCCUAAUGGUAGUACAUCGGAGAUUGAAAACUCUGCUACUGCUGCCGCUGCCGCUGCUGCAAAUGGCGGUGCUGCGAAACCCAAGAAAAAGUAUAAAAAAUCUCAAGCGCAAAAGGAGAAAGAAGCAGCUAAUGCAGUGGCGGCGGCAGCGGCAGCCGCUGCAGCAUCGGGUGGUUUGGAAAGAACAAUCAAGAAGAACAAGAAAAACUCAAAUCAAAACGCUCAAGUCUUAUCCAUUGCACCAACAUCUCAACAACAGCAACAACAACAACAGCAGCAGCAGCAACAACAACAACUACAACAGCAGCAGCAGCAACAACAACAACAACAACAACAGCAGCAGCAACUACAACAACAGCAACUACAACUACAACAGCAGCAACAGCAACAACAACACCUUUUACAACAAAAGGCAAAACAAUUAGCGAAACCAAAGGGACCAGUGGACGUUGAAAAACAGUGCGGUGUAGCAUUACCCCUGGGAGGACUUUGUGCGCGUUCACUUACAUGCAAGACACAUUCAAUGGGAGCCAAACGUGCAGUUUUGGGUCGGUCUGCACCAUACGAUGUCUUAUUGCAGCAGUACCAAAAAAGGAAUCAAGCGAAAAUUGCACAAAACAAUGCUCUCUUGGCACAGAGAAGGGAGAAUGCAGCAUUUAACGAUGAUGGUAUGGAUACGAGUAUGAGUAAUGCCAAUAAAAUAUUAGAUCCAGAUGAAGAAACUCAUUUGGUGUUGGAAGGAUUAUCAAAAAACAAUCCUAUUCCCUUAGAGCGUAAGAUCAUAGUGCCUGUGAGGUAUCGGCAUCGGUUUUUACAAGCUAGAGAAUUUUACGCGAAUGCAUUGAUUAUAUCUGCUCAACACUCACAGCAGCAACAACAGCAACAGCAACAGCAACAGCAGCAACAGCAACAACAACAACAACAACAGGGGCAACAGAAUGCGGGAGAGCAAACAUUGGCUAAUCAAGCAAUAUCGGGUUCAAUUGGUGGGUUACAAGGAAGAUGUGCGUUGAUUAAUGUGGAUGCGCCAUUGAAUCCUCAACUGGAUUCUCAAACACAACUGUUUAGUGCUAUUCCUGGAGAAAUGUAUCAAGUUCGAGCACCUUCUAAAGCUAUUUUGAUGACCGCUCAACACAACAAUUUGCAACAACAGACUUUCCAGCAACAGUUUAUGAAGUAUCAACAACAACAGCAUCAACAGCAACAACAGCAGCAUGCACAGCAAUUACACCAACAGCAGCAGAUGUUGAUGAGACAGAGACAACUUCAGGCUCAGCAACAGCAACAACAGCAGUAA